GACAUACUUUCGUUCAAAAAAAGUGCAUUUGAUUAAUGGCUGAAUUUACUUUGACAUUUCUCUACACUCGUAGAAAUGAAUAAAAUUCGCGUUUUACGGUGAUCCUCUUGCGAUUUUAUGAAUAAAACAUGACAACUAAUUAAUAUAACGUAAAUAAUUUAGAAACAAAUAAGUGUGACUGUGUGCUAUACUGUGUUCCUAUACCAAAGAAAACCCACCCUUAUUAUCUAGUCAGGCGAAACGUUGAAAUUAUUUAUUUCGUGCUUCGUUUGUUUUUCUAAUUGAAUAGCUAUGGGAGAGCCGAUAUGUUUUAUUUUUCAAUAUUGUGCAGUGGGCAGUGGCCAGUGUUAAUUUUUCAUAGCAUUCGCGCUAGGGCGCGGUGAAAAAAAUAAUGUUUAUUUUUUAAACGUUCCAAACUCGAAUUUGAAUUUCGAUUAAAUUAGAAAAUAUGGAAGAAAAUUAAACUUUUUAAUUGAUAUUUUGUAUCGAAAUUUUGUGCGGUUCAAGUGUAUGUGUUGAAAUUUAAAAUGGUUACGAUGAACACAAACGAGAAGACGGCACAGAAGGCCUGUCAACAGGGGCCUUCAAGAGACGUGACAAAAUGCGGGAAAGAAGCCGACAAUGACAAAAAAGACAAGAAAGAUAAGGACAUGAUAGCCAACCUGCCACCGAGUGUUCAAGCUCUGAUGUCCACUAUACCAUCGCCGGAGGAAUCUCCCAAUUAUUUGGCUUAUAAAAAGAUGGAGGCCAUAGUGGAAAAGAUGCAAGAUGAAAAUACAGGUGUUCCUGUAAGAACUGUUAAGAGCUUUAUGAGCAAGAUACCCUCUGUAUUCACCGGGUCAGAUCUCGUUGCAUGGCUCGCAAGACAUUUAAAUAUAGAAGAGACAUGGGAAGCGCUACAUUUAGCACAUUUGUUAGCGGCCCAUGGCUAUCUCUUUCCUAUAGACGAUCAUUGUUUGACUGUGAAAAACGAUAAUACUUAUUAUAGAUUCCAAACGCCAUAUUUCUGGCCUUCAAACCAGUGGGAGCCAGAAAAUACUGAUUAUGCGGUGUAUCUGUGCAAGCGAACGAUGCAGAACAAAGCUCGCUUGGAACUAGCGGACUAUGAGGCGGAGUCCUUAGCUCGCUUGCAGAAGAUGUUCAGCAGAAAAUGGGAGUUUAUUUUCAUGCAAGCUGAAGCGCAGAGUAAGGUGGACAAAAAACGUGAUAAACUCGAGCGCAAAGUUCUCGACAGUCAAGAGAGAGCGUUCUGGGAUGUGCAUCGACCUAUGCCGGGCUGCGUCAACACAACAGAAUUGGAUCCGAAAAAACUAUCACGGGUGAAUGCUUUAAAGCAGAAAAGGUUACAGCAGUGUCAAGAAAUUAUAUUACAGCAUAACUUGAAGAACAAUCCAAUAGUAACAAUAACGAACGCCCAAGAGAGUGAAGAGGCAAUACAAAAAAGCGCAGAUGCUGUUAAAGAGAAUGGUGAAACAUCAAAAUCAGAGCAACCAAUAGAAGAAUCUAUCGACUCACAGAUAGAGGCAGCCAAACGGCAAGUGGCUGUUUUAAAAGCGAGACUCGAAAGAAGGAACGUUAGAGUCAGUAAGGUUGCUGAGAUGUUCAUAUCGUACUGCGAACAAUAUUCAGAAUACGAUUCGUUCCUAACUCCACCAGAAUGGCCGAACCCCUGGAUCAGUGAUACCACAGAACUGUGGGAUCAGGAAAAACAGUGCAAAGAGCCCCUCCCACUACGCCGUGUGCGACGUUGGUCGUUCUCUCUUAGAGAACUCCUACGAGAUCCUCCGGGAAGAGAGCACUUCGAGAGAUUCCUCAGCAAGGAGUUCAGUGGGGAGAACCUCAAAUUUUACCUAGCAGUCCAAGAAUUAAAAUGUCUGCCCAUACGUCGCGUGGCCUCUAGAGCCAAAGAGAUAUGGAAGGAGUUCCUAGACUGCAACGCGCCAAACCCCGUCAAUAUAGACGCGGCCAGCAGGGAAUUGACAAGAGUCAAAGUGGAGUCUGGUAUAGCAGACCGGUAUUGCUUCGAUCAAGCGCAGGCCCAUGUAUACCAUCUUAUGAAGUCUGACAGUUAUUCAAGAUAUCUUCGUUCGGAAAUGUAUAAAGACUAUCUCAAUGGAUCCAAGAAAAAGACAUCUGUAAAGGGGAUACGAUCUAUCGUGUCGUUCACCGGUCGUAAGGAGACUUCUACAAACUAAAAAAGGAAUUUAAAUAAAUUUGGUGUUAAAUUUGUGAAGAAUGUUCUAGAAGGAAUUCGAAUUUCGAAUUUGGAACGAAGAAGGAAUUUGAUGUUCGAAUUUGGAUAAUGGAAUUGAUUUAAAAUUCGAAUUUUCGAAUGUUUGUUAUUUGCGUGGACGGUAAAACGUUCUAGAAGGAAUUCGAAUUUCGAAUUUGGGAGGAUGGAAUUGAUUAAAAAUUCGAAUUUUCGAACGCGAUUUUGAAUGUCGAAUGUUUGUUUCGAAUGUGAAUUGAUGUAUUUUAGAAUUAAGAACGGUUUAUUUUGACCAAAGACAUUUGUUUAAUUCAUGUUUAUUUUAAGUUUUAAAACCGACUUCAAAAAAUCUUAUCUUUUUUGUGUUAGUUACUUCAGAACUUUCUUAUGGGUGAAUCUUUUUUGAUGGAUUUUUUAUUUGAAAACUAAAUGACAUUUUGAAGACGGUUUAAUUUUUUGUUAAAAAAACAAUUAUUUCUUAGAAAAAAAAUUCUUAGAUUCUAUGUCUAUAUUAUAUAUAUGUUAUAGAAGCAAUUUUACAAUAUAAGUCUUUAUAGUUGUAGUUCCUGCGUAAUGCACAGACAUACAUAACGUAGUUUAAGAAAUUAUUAAUAAGAUCUUCAAUUAAAAAAAAAAUAAUUUAUUAUAAAUAAUUUUAUCUUCAAAUUUCAUACAAGAGGCUAUUAAAACCAAAAUAAACUAAUUCAAAUAAAAAUAUAUAUGAAUAUUUCAGGACAAUUUUCACACACGGCACGAUCUGAUCCCAUACUAAGCUUUCGCUUGUGUUAUGGAAACCAGAUGGCUGAUAUACAUACAUAUAUAAUUUUAAAUAAAUACUUAUAUAGAUAAUUAACACCCAGACACAGAGCAAACAUCUAUGUAAUCUAUGUUCAACAAAUAUUUGCUCUGGGUGGGAAUCGAACCCACGACCUCUGGUUUUAAAAAUAAAUAAAAAUAAUUUAUAUAAAAAAACAAGACAAAAAUGCGAGUCUAGUAAUUUAAAAGACUUAAUGUAGUAAUAAAUAAUUAAUAAAAUAAGAAAUGUAUUAUCUAGAAUAUUUAUUUUCUUCGUUUAAAUAAAUAAAUUAAAUUGGAUAAAAAAUUUUAGGGUUCCGUACACAAAGGGUAAAACGGGACCCUAUUACUGAGUCUUUGUUUUCUGUUUGUCUCCAUGCUGUAUCUCAUAAACCGUGAUAGCUAGAAAGCUGAAAUUUUCACAAAUUAUGUAUUAGUUGUCGCUAAAACAACAAAUACUAAAAACUAUAGAUUUAUUCAAAAAUGUCAUAAAAAUCAUAAAACCUCAAAUAAACAACAUCCUACCAUCUUUAGUAUACGCAGUAGUAAAAAUGUACAGAAAAGAACAUUUUUUUUAAUAAUUACCUUUUUAAUAUACUUACUAAUAAACAGUUAAACAAUGGAUAAAUUUCUACCAUUUUCUACCAUAGCUGUGUCCUGCUCUUGCUCACAUGAAACGUCAAUCAUAAAAACAAGACAGGUUAUUGCAAUAACUAAUCCAUUGCAAAGCGAAUGGUUAACAUUUAAUAAGUAAGACCGUUAAAAUAUUUCUUUACCAAAGUUUAAAAGACUGCUAAUGUACUGCCUGAAAAAGAAUAAAAAAAUGCAUAGAGCUGUAAUUUUUAAUUUAUUUCUUUUGCGAAGGAAUUGCAUUUUUUUCUUUUCAAUAUAUGAAAGUAUUGACUUUAAUAAUGACUACGAUGUAGUCGGAUUUUAUUGUGAAUAUAUCAAAAUAAAGAAAAAACAAUUAAAAAAUCGGUCCAGCAAUUUUGCGUCUCUGAAAAGUUGAUUAAAAUAAUCUCUUUCUUAUCUUAAGUAGUCUUUUAAUUUUAUUCUAUUGAGUACCAGAAAACUGCUGGACCAAUUUUGAUAUUGUUUUUUUCUCUUGUGCUAUGACAAAUAUCGGGAGAAGAAUCUCUAUUGCUCUUAUAAUUUUUAAUAUGUUUCGUCAUUUUACUGCACAUUUUUUUUGUGUGUUCAUCAAGACAUAUAAAACAAACAUAAUACGCAUUUUAAUAAAUAACAUAAAGUACGGUUAGCAAAAAAGAGCGUAUAUGCCGAGCACACGUGUCAGAAAUGAAACUUCUUUAGCAAGAUUCACAAAAUCGUCGCUUUACUCCAUGACGUGACGGUAUUUCCAUGACGCGACCUUGAAAUUUUACUCUAAAGAAGUUUAACUAAUAAAACUGAUUCAUUUUAGCAUUAUUAUUAAUAAUCUAUUAUGAUUGGUGUUAGUACUAAUCUAGUCUUAUUUUCCAUUAGUUAUAAAUAUGUAUGUAUAACUAGAUUUCCGCCCGCGGCUUCGCCCGCGUUUGCAAAGGAAAACCCGCAUAGUUCCCGUUCCCGUGGGAUUUCCGGGAUAAAAACUAUCCUAUGUGUUA